AUUUUUUAAAGCGUACAUUAUAUGGGGGGAGGUUUUCUAUCGACAAUUAAUCGGGGUAGGGAACAAAAUCCCAAGUGAAAAUGUUAGGAAGUUCCUUCGUACGCGCCUCAAUAGCGCCCAAAGUGCACGAGAGCGCAAAAAUCGGGCCGAUUGCUGGCACCAUUCGCAGCUCGAUGGCGCCCAAAUUCAACGAGAGCGCCCCAAAUCCGAGCAAAGUGCCCAGCACCAUCAAUAUCGAUUUCAACCAAAGCAGUGGCAGUAAACCCUCUAGAAAAAGCAGUUUUCUACCGAUGGAUUUUGAAGAUGAAACUAAAUUGAGCCGUACGGGCUCGCAAUUUAAGUUUAUAUUUUCCAACGCGGAUGCGGAAAAGCUGGAAAAAGAACCAAGCGCCCUCGAUAUGGAUGUUAAAAUGAAGACAUUUAUUACCGGUAGCAGAUACAUCGGACACCUUAAUAAGCUCGGAAUGGCUGGAAAAGGGAUUUACAAGUAUCCGCAUGGAGUAAUUUACGAUGGGCAAUUUAACAAGCAAGGUGAAUUUCACGGCCUCGGGUCCUUGAUUUAUCCUGGAGGCCAACGCGUAGACGGUAUGUGGAAAAAUGGCAAACUCUCCGGAGCUAAUUUUGUUGCUAGUGACAAUUCCAGGUUUGAUUCAAACUACUGCGAAAUGCCCGAUAGACGUUUCCAAAUCGAAUUGGACAACGAGGUCCAGGCGGCCGGGCAAGAGUACCUUACCAACGAUGAAGUACCGCGCACGAUACCACCUGGCAUGUACGACACCGGCUACGGGUUUUACGAUCCCGUAAGAAAAGUAGUAGUGGACUACGAAGACCCGGAAAAGUACAGGAACUUGUUUGAAAUGAUGGACGACGAACGGAAACUUUUAUAUCAAAGACUUGAAAUGGAAGUUGCAAACGAAGAAACAUCAUUAAUAGUAGACGUUUCUGAUGAAAGUAGAACUCAAAUGGUUGACAAUUUGAUGUUGCACAUCGUCGCUAUUCCUCCGGAGGAAAAGGAGAAAUGGGUGAAGAAUAAUUGCAGAAAGCCCGGAGAUGAAAAUAUCGGCUACAGGCCGGAUUUGUACGAAGUCUGGAAUCCUGGCUACGCACGUGACGAUUACCAAGUUUCACAAGAACUCGCCAAGUUGUCCGCCAUCAAAGUAAAUACGGCCUUAGUCAAGAAAUUCAGCAAACCCAAAGGGAAAGCUACACAUUUAUAUUCGUUCACGAGAGCUAAAAUUAGAUCGCAAGUGGUUUCACUGGAAGAGCACAUUGAAGCUCACGUCAAUAAAAUCAGUUUAAGAAGAAGUAGACAGGAUCCAACUAGCACACCCACUUCAGGAUUUUGGUGAUCCAAUAAAGUCAAGUUGAAUAGUUAUAUGUAUAAAUAUAAGGGCCCGAGUUAAUUUUUUUUUAAAUUCGGCGAAAUCAA